CUCAAAAUCUGAUGUGUUUAUGCUAUGCAUAUAGAUCAUUCCUCAGAAUUGAAGCUUCAUUCACGAAAUCUGGGAAUAAACUUAGUAGAGCCAGAUACAAGCAGAAGGCUAAUGUUUUGAACCACCACGGUCCGUCACGCUCUGAGGUAAUGGUUAAGGUCCCCCACCCCCCAGCCGGACACCCAAAAGGAUAAGAAAGAAAUAAUUUUUCCUGUUCUUGUUGUGACGCCAAGAUUGGUCCAUCUGUUGUUAGCUCUCCUUUGUUUUUUAGGGUCUCCUUAAGGUUUGAGAUUGUGUUGAUGGUUUCUUAAGAAUGUCACUUCUUCUGACAGCAAGUGGUGACAAUUGGUGCAGCAUGAUAUGGUAGCACUUGGUGGAAAUCUGGUAAGGAAUUCUUUAGUUUAGCAAACUAUAGCCACUGGUACAUAGAUGAUUGACUAAAAUAAUUGUUGUUUCUCUUGGUUCUUACAUUGCUUUCAUGGCAUGGAUGAUUGAGUUCUCUCUUGAUGGUUGUCCGUAUCUAUUGUUGUAGAGGAUCGUGAUUCUGUUUGCAAAAAAUUUUAAACAGAAAUGAGAUACUACGAUGUUCUUAAAUCUUAACAGUGUCAUGUCUGGUCAGUAUUGGAGAAUUUUGAAAAUUUACUUCACUUUUGGGACUGUGCAGAGUGAUGGAUUGGAGGACGAUUGGCUGUGGGACUAUGUACAUUAUAAAAUGCAUGUAAAAGUCCCGCUCCCAAACUCUUUCCCCACCCCAUAUUUUGUUUAGAUAUCAGACACUCAAGGAUGCCAUGCCAUCUAAAGAUAAUUUUCACGCAUUGGAAGUCGUGCAUAACGUUAGUAAAUUAGAAUCAAAAGAUCAUUUCUAACCAAGUAUAUGCUCAUUUUCAUUUUAUUUCAUAAGCUUCAAGUCAAGGGCAGCCUUAUAAAAUUAGGGAACCCUAACCUUCAAAAUUAAGAUACAUAGGAAAAAAGCUCACAAAGAGCAUCGUUUUAUAAAAGAAGUAGUAAAAAACUAGUGACCCUUCUCGGGGACAUCUUCACAUGCCUACGAAAAAACCAAACCCCAAAACAAACAAAAACCCUCUCCCUCUCUCUCAGUCCGUGCUUUUUAAUUUUCCAAUCUUCAUGAGGAGUUGCAGCAGUUCAUCAAUGGCGGCUUCAUCUGGGUUUCGUAGCUUCUUGUUAAGCAUUAUCUGCUCUAUCUUGCUACAAACCCAGAUGGCCUCUUCAGCUCUUCUACUGAGCUUGAAAAACCACCAUAGCCACAACCACCACAAAACCCGGCCGAUGUUCCAGACCAACCGUAGCUCCUGUUCUCUUUUUACCGGAACUUGGGUUCGUGACGAUUCGUAUCCUCUGUACCAGUACUCGGACUGUCAGAUCAUCUCCCCGGAAUUCAAUUGCCAGAUGUACGGACGACCCGAUUCGGGUUACCUCCGGUACCGAUGGGCUCCUCUGAACUGCGAGAUGCCGAGGUUCAAUGGCCAUGAGUUUUUGGAGAGAAUGAGAGGGAAAACUGUGAUGUUCGUUGGCGACUCUCUCGGUCGGGACCAAUGGGAGUCGUUCAUUUGUUUGAUUUCAACGACGGCGCCGUCGACUUCGACGCAGUUGAGCAGGGGAGAACCUCUCUCAACCUUUAAGUUCUUGGAUUAUGGAGUGACUGUAUCAUAUUACAAAGCACCGUAUUUGGUGGACAUAGAUGUGGAGGGAGGAAAGAGAGUUCUAAAGCUGGAGGACAUAUCACAGAAUGGCAACGCUUGGAGAGGAGUCGACCUCCUUUCCUUUAACACCGGUCAUUGGUGGAACCACAAAGGAUCUUCCCAAGGGUGGGAAUACAUGGAAUCAGGAGGGACAUAUUACCAGGACAUGGAUCGACUGGUUGCAAUGGAGAAAGGACUGAGGACAUGGGCCAAUUGGGUUGAUUCCAACGUUGACAGCACCAGAACCAAAGUUUUCUUCCUCUCCAUCUCUCCUACACAUAACAAGGCCAACAACGAUUACUUCAGCGAAGAAUUGCUAUGGAGAGACCUCACCAAUGAGCGGAACGACAUACCCAGGAGAGUACAUAGAGCAGACGAGGGUGGUGGAUGCAGUGCUUAGGGACAUGACAGUUCCUACUUAUCUGUUAGACAUUACAAUGCUUUCUGCGGUAAGAAAAGAUGGGCAUCCCUCAAUAUACAGUGGCGAUUUGAGCCCCCAACAGAGAGCUAACCCUGGCAGAUACGCUGAUUGCGUCCACUGGUGCCUCCCUGGAUUGCCUGAUACUUGGAAUCAACUCUUCUACGCUGCUUUGUUUUUCUAACUUUAAAAGCUCAUUAUUCCCCAUUUUUUGAGGUACUAACUAUCAAGAUUUACUAAUUUUGCUCGUAGUAGUCUAUUUGUUCUCUCGUAAAUCAACUCAACUUGUUUACCAAGAGAAAUGAGAUAUGUAUUUCUUUGGUCGGAUAUUGUUUUACUUGGAAAAUUGGUGUAAUUUUGAGUUUUUGACUGGUAAGCAUAUCCUAAGA